AGUCGCACCAACUGCGCCAAAAGUCCAAAGACCGCCGAACAACAAUGUGGCGACUGACCUUGACGCUGGCGCUCCUAGCGAUUGCGACGCCAGGCGUCCAUCCGAGGAACCUUGCCAAUCCGGCGUCCCAGCUGCAUCCCGACGUCGACCUGUUGAUGGACUUCGCCGCCAGACCAACCCCCAAAAGUGUGGACCAGACGAUGGACGAAGGACCUUUCGAAAAAGUGACAUACAACAAUAGCCAGGUCUGGAAGGCUUGCAACGAAGACGACAAAUUCCUGGUCGAGCUGAACGGGCUAAGGAGGGAGAACAUGAUCGCCAUGUGGGGUGGUAAUCUAACAUGUUUAGACAUAAUGGUGAGAGCACAACACAUCAAAGAGGUGAGUGAAUCUUUUGCCAGACACAACGUCGACUACAGAAUCCUCAUCGAAGACCUACAAAAAGCUAUAGACGAAGAAAAUCCUCCCCUUGAAACACUAGAGUUGGACAAUCGCCAAGGAGAAAUAUUAAAUUCUGACAAGGAGAAGAGAAAUGGAAAACUCCUUUACUAUUACCCAUUCUACUGGGGCCACAGACUGACCUGGCAGGCCUACCACCGCCUCAACGACAUCAAUGGCUACCUAGAUUACCUCGCAGAAACCUAUCCACAACUCUGCACUGUCAAGACCAUAGGUUUUUCAGUACAACGUAGACCGAUCAAACUCCUCAGGAUCUCAAACGGUAACCAAGGCAACAAAGCUGUGUGGAUAGACGGUGGAGUUCACGCAAGAGAGUGGAUAUCCCCGGCUACAGUAACCUUCAUCAUUAACCAGAUCGUGCUGAGCUAUGAUAACGAUCCUCUUCUUGAGUCUACCGAUUGGUACAUCACACCAGUGGUCAAUCCAGAUGGUUAUGAGUACUCCCACAAUGUGGAUAGGCUAUGGAGGAAGAAUAGAAGAGGUUCUGGGUAUUGCGCAGGCACAGACUUGAAUAGAAACUUUGGGCAUGGAUGGGGUGGACAAGGAGCUUCAGGCAAUCCUUGUACAGAAACUUACAGAGGACCAUCUGCUUUCUCUGAACCAGAAACACAAGCUAUAAGAAACUUCAUAAGUCAAACUAGGGUACCUUGGAAAGCAUACAUUUCCUUCCAUUCCUACGGCCAAUAUAUUCUAUAUCCGUGGGGACAUGAUACAUCUUUGCCUACUGACUAUAGAGAUCUGGAUAGAGUGGGACAAAAGGCAGUAGCCGCUAUCCAACAGGCCGGAGGUCCAAGAUACUCUUUAGGAUCCUCAGGAAGACUAUUAUACCCGGCUUCAGGGGGCUCAGAUGACUGGGCCAAAGGAAAGAUGGGAAUAAAAUACUCCUACACGUUGGAAUUGAGAGAUAGCGGAAGAUAUGGCUUUGUCCUACCUGCUGCUUAUAUUCAACCAACAGCCAAAGAAGCCUAUGCAGCUGUUAGGGCCAUAGUAUCUGAAGCAUGAAAUAUGUUAAACUGAAUUUAUAACCCAGGGUUGAAUAAUUUUUUCAUUGGUGAUACAUAAUUUCGUUAAAUAGGCAUAGUUAUUUAUUGUUAUUUAUUAUUGUAAUUAUAUAUGUAAUAUUAUGUAUUAAGAAUAUCGAUAUUUGAGAGAAUAAAUUAUCUAAAUAAUAGUUUAAA